AUGCGAAAGAUGCCAUCGUCUGAAGAAGGAUUGCGCAAGGCAAACUCCUUCGAUGAAGGUUCUCGAGUUGCACAAUUAGAAGAAAAAAUUGAUGGCAUCGUCUCACUUCUCCAACAACAAAAGAGCGUCAAUUCCCAAGACACGACGUCGGGAAACUCUCCGCUUGUCACUAAUGAGGAUAUCCUCCCAAGACCACCACCACCACUCACAGAACCAGAACCUCCAAGUACAGUUACUUAUGGAAAUCAUCCUCAUCCCCAUCCUCCGCCCAAACCCCUCGAACAAAGUAAACGACAAUCCGUCUACGAAAAAAGUACCAAUGCGUGUCUCCUCGCCCACAUCAACUCAAAUCUCGAGCCCAGCGAUAUGGAAAUCGAAAGGUUAGUGAAACUAUACGAAACAGAAAUGACAGCCAAAUUCCCAUUCGUGAUCAUUGAGACAGGAGAGUUGACGAGGAAGGAAUGGGUGCUGGAAAACCCUGUACUGGGAAAGGCGGUUUUGAUGGCGGCUAGUUAUUUUAAUUUGCCAAGACAGACGGUUUAUGAAACAGAGUUGGUGAGGGAUUUAACGGAUAGGAUUAUGGUGAAGAGGGAGAGGACUUUGGAGUUGUUGCAGACGAUUUUGGUGUUUUGUGGGUGGUAUCAUUAUCAUUGUCUAGGGCAUCCCAACCUGAACAAUCUUCUUGGCUUAGCAAUCGGGCUCGCCGGCGACUUGGGGCUGAACAAACCACCAUCCUCAGAUAAAUUCAAAUAUCCAUUCGGUCACAGUAGAGCCACGGCUGGAGAUUUUUCAAGGAGAAGUAUGGAGCAAAAAAGAGCCUUGGCUGGAUUGUUUUAUCUGACUUCCUUGGUUGCAACUGGCUUUCAACGCAUAGAUGCUAUGAGGUACUCAGUACAUCUUGAUGAAUGUAUUCGUGUUAUAGAGGGGAACCCAGAACAUUCUACUGAUUUGUUACUGGUUGAGUUGGUUAAAGUAACAAAUCUAAGUGAAAGAAUUGGUCAAACGGUUUCGCUUAUCCAAAACGAGAGUGAAAUUCUGGUUCCUACGGCAUUGAGGUUGGGUUCGUUUCAAGCGGAACUUGAUACGUUGAAGCAGGGAAUUCCUGGUGCAUGGAAAGAUGAUGUAAUUCUCCAACUCCACCACCACCUAUCCGCAAUCCGUCUCUACGAAGUCUCUUUAGCCAAUAACUGGACCCCCAAAAUCACAACAAAAUCACCUCAAUCAACCUCAACAACCCAAGCAAUUCCACCACCUCUGCAUUCCUCCCACGUCCAAUCUCUAUUCACCUGUCUCCACCACACACGUUCCUUCCUCACCCUUAUCCUCUCUCUCCCCCCCACCACCUACCUCAGUCAACCCAUCACCCCCUGGUUCCUCCUCGCCUUUACCCUCAUGAUCCUCGCCCGUCUCUCCUUCUACCAAAACCCGCUUCUCCCCACCUGGAACCUCGAUUUCGUCCGUGAAAUCUGCGAUCUCUCAUUAAUUCUCGAAGAACUCGCUGAUCGGAACGAGAAUGCGAAAUUUGUAGAUAUCAAUCUCAUAACUCGAGAAGAAGGAGAAUGGGAACCCAAUGUGAGGGUAGAUGGGGAAGGGAAAAGAGUGGUAGAGGGCUGGACCGAUUGUUUCGAUAAAUUUGCGCGGAAAAUUAAAUUGGUGAAGUGUUGGUAUGAUCAGAGAGUUGCGGGGUACCGGGGUACUGCUACUGCAUCGGUAUCGAUGCCAUUAGGGGGCUGGCUUAGAGCUGAUAAUACCACGAUGGAGAGUGGAAAUGGAGGUAUUAAUGAAGAUAUUACUCAAGAGGGAACACAGACACAAUCUGCUGCGGUGUUAGAUGCAAUAGUAACUCCACAGGUAAACUCAGAUGGAACACCCAUCUUGAGUGAAAUAGACACGAAUCCUUGGAAUGGAUUUGAUGAUCAGAAUUUCUGGAUGGAUUUAGAUGGGGAGUGGGAUAUUGAGGGAUUGGAAGCUAUGAGUGGGGUUUUUUAG